AUGGCAGACGAGGUGGGCGAAAUCCUCUCUCACGAUCCGUCCGUGGACGAAGCCGAAACUCCGAUGAACGAGAAAGAGAACCGCAACGACAAGGACGGUGCUGACAAGGUCCACGAAUCGGUUGAGCGUUACGUCGUCCCUACAAUUGGCGCGGGCGGCGCAGGCUCAGAGGAGCAGCGCGAGGUUGAGCUCGUCAACGGCGAGCCGGUCAUCAGGAACGGCAACGACGUUUCGCGCUUCAUUGUCUCAACUCGUGACGACGGUGAUGAUGCGCUCACGUUUAGAUCGAUCGUCCUUGGUACUAUAUUCACCGCCUUCUCCAGCACCAUCACCAUCAUCUACAUCUUCAAGCCGGUGCAGACGCCCGUUCAAGUCUCCUUUGUUUUCUUGCUUCUGCUCGUCUACAUUGCGGGUAUUGCUUGGUAUCGUCUCACUCCCAAGCCCGAGAGCGUCAAGUGGCCCUGGCUCCAGAGAACUUUCCGAUUUCUGAACUUCGGCCAACCUUUCCUCCUCAAGGAGCACGUUGUCGCUUCGCUCAUCGCCUCUUCCGGUAACAACGGCCUUGUUGGCGUCGAAAAUUUUGCAGUCCAGAGGCUGUACUAUUCGACGGGAACUUCAAUUCCCUACUCGACCUCGACAGUGGUCUUGUCGACCUUUUCCAUUUGCCUUUGCGGCUUCGUCUUGGCAGGCCUACUGCGCACCUGGAUCGUAUAUCCUGCCGAGAUGGUCUACUGGUCCACACUUCCUCAAGUCGUCUUGCUUCAGAACUUGCACAAGGGUGACGCAAAACCCGGCGGCGGCACCGGAGAAGAAGAUGCUGAGGUGCAAGAGAACAAGAAACGAAUGCGCAAGUUCGGGUGGUGGUUUGGUGGCAGCUUCAUCUGGGAGCUUUUCCCUUCGUACAUCAUGCCGUGGCUGAACGGCCUCUCGGUGUUUUGCCUUGCCUCCAUCGGUGCGCCUACUCCGACGCGAGAGGUCUUCACGACGAUAUUUGGUGGCGGCUCGUCCAACGAGGGCGUAGGACUCUUCAAUCUCACCCUCGACUGGCAGUACAUUCAAUCGAUCUACCUUUCUCUCCCUCUAAAGCUGCAGGCCAACUCAUGGAUAGGCUACGGUAUAUGGUACGUCGUAAUGCUCGCCCUGUACUAUGGGGAUGCCUUUGGUGCCAAAGGACUUCCUUUCAUGUCGACCUCGCUAUUCCAAGCCAACGGUAAAAAGUACUCGGUUACCUCGAUUUUUGGAAGUGGGAGCACGAUCAUCGACGAGUCGAAGCUGGCAGAAGCGGGUCUUCCUCACCUUACCGCGACAACCGUUUGGGGAUACUUCACCGCAACAUUAGCCAUUGGAGCCCUUAUCUCGCAUGUCAUCAUCUUCUACAGCAAGGACAUGAUCCGGGUCCUCCGGCAAGCUCGAGAGGGCAGCAUCAAUGAUCCACACUACCAGGGCAUGCGCAAGUACAAGGAAGUGCCGCUUUGGUGGUACGGCGUCCUCUUUCUUCUCGCAUUCGUGGCCGGCAUUAUCGUCAAUGCCAAGGGCGAAACGACGUUGCCGAUUUGGGCCUACAUCGUAUCAUUGAUCCUUGGAGCGUUCCUCGCACCUUUCUCCUGCAUUCUCUAUGGUCUUUUUGGAACCGGCAUCGACACGAAAUCGUUGCCAAAGAUGAUUGCGGGUGCCAUGAUACCUGGACGACCUCUGGCCAACCUCUACUUUGUUGCAUGGUCCCACCAGGUAAUUCUCCUCUCUGUCAAUCUGGCCAAUUGGCAAAAGCUCGGACAAUACACCAAGGUGCCGCACCGUAUCAUGUUCGCCACGCAGAUCUACGCCUCGCUUCUAGGCGCCGCUUUCAAUUACCUGGUCAUGACAACGAUCGUCUCGUCGCAGCGGGAGCAGCUGCUUGAUCCUUCUGGCGGCGAAGUCUGGAGCGGCCAGCAGAUGGCCAGUCUCAAUACCUCUGCCGUCACCUGGGCGCUCGCAAAGGAGGUCUAUGGGCUGAAAGGGCGCUAUACGAUAGUGCCCUUCGGUAUCCUCAUCGGCCUUGGACUUCCUAUUGUUCACUGGCUUUGUAUCAAGGCUUUCCCUCGCCUGCGCAGCAUUCCUAUCACAACGCCCCUCAUUGCCAGCUACGCCGGUCAGGUGUACUCUGGCAACACAAGCCUGGUGACGUCGCAGAUCGUUGUCGGUUUCAUCUCGCAAGUCUGGCUGAGGAGACGAUUGCCUCGUUGGUAUAACAAGUACAACUACCUUGUCGGAGCAGCCCUCGACGGCGGAGCUCAGACCCUCAUCUUCAUUCUAUCCUUUGCCGUGUUUGGGGCUAGCGGAAAAGCAAAGCCGUUCCCGACGUGGUUUGGCAACCCGUCAGGCAACGUGGAUCAUUGCCUUUAA